UGGUGUCAUUUGAAAUAUCGGGGCUUCUUUGUGAUUGCAUUAUUUGUUUUCAAGCAAACCUUGCUGCUUCAACUGUAAAGCAAAACAUGAUGAAAACGCAUUAUUAUUCAUUUAUUCUAUAUUUUCUAGUAGAAUGUUUGCUGUAUUAUAGAAAGGAACAACGGAUUAUAUAAAUUUUUUUCGGGAGACUUGUGUCCAUGCCAAUCAAAUAUUUACUGAUACAAAGCUCUCUCUAGACGUAAAAUCUGUACGGCGUUUUACAACAAAACGUCAAGUAUCGGGCCAUGUUCGCUCAUCGAACACAAUCAACGCCCUAUAUAAGAGACAGCAUCACAGACCAAUCAUAUCAUCACAAUCUAGACUUUGUAUAUAAGAGGAAGAUGAGAGACCGGGUGAUCCCAUCACCAGGAGUGAUGUACGCGGAAAAAGUUCUUCGGGACCAUCGCUUGCAACAGUGAGUUCGACACGUCUUCAUCGUUGCAGAGCGGCCUUUGGGUGAGCACGAUUGUUGAGAAAUGUACGAUUUUAUCGUUUCCUCCUCGAAGGAGGUGAGGGGUCGUUAAAGCAUUUAUGUUGUAUUUAUGGAGGUGUUAAUAGCUGGACAGCUUAGAUACAACAUAGAAAUAACAUCGUUCCAACAGGCAUAACAUCUAAAAAUAUCAUGGACGACAAUCUUACGGAAUCUUUUGGAUCGUUGCAGAAUCAGUGUUUUUCUUGGAUGUUGAACAGCCUUACACGACCCAAUGUGACGCUGGAGGAAAUAAACCAGCAACACACACGUCGUUUCUACGGAGGCCUGGCGUUGCUAGGCUUUGUCAUUGUGGCGGGAAUGAUUGGGAAUGUGCACGUGUUGGUCCUGUACUACCGGAAAUUUAAGGUCUCCAACUACCGUCUGUUCAUAAUCUGGCUGAGUUGUCUGGGCAUACUUAACUGCUGUAUCAGUGCCCCUCUCAUUAUAUUUUAUCUGGUGCACUCGAUGACGUACCCGUCAAAUGGGUUCUGUAAGUUUACCCGGUUCAUUUUGUACUUUUUUGCCGUAGCCUCUACUUCCGCUAUGGUUGUCAUAGCAAUUGAGCGAUACCGAAAAAUCAUGACUCCACAUUCAACGCAGAUUUCUCUAAGGAUGGCAAAGAUAAUGUGCCUUUUUAGUCUGGUUGUUGCAGGAUUUCUGUCGUGGCCAGCUCCCAUUCUAUUUGGAAUAACUCGAGUUCCAACCGGGGUAAGAGGUCUAGACGGAACGCGUUGUUUAAUGGACGACACUUACAAAGAUACGGUCUAUAUGCCGAUUUACCAUUUCUCCACGCUUCUUUAUUUUGUGAUAGUCUCCAUUUGGCUUAUUGUUGUGUACGUCUGUAUCGCCAAAAGAGUCCUGAAGUCUGGAAAAUUCAAAGACCGGGUAAGCUCCGUGGCCCUGAAUCCGAAUGCCAGUACGCGAGGGUCCAACGGAAGUUGCAUUUCCAAAUCGGUCACUAAAACGUUCACGUUUCUGGCCGUGACAUUCGCUUAUAUUGCUUGCGCCACUCCUCAUCACGUGUUGGCGCUGCUUUUCUUCCUGACACGUGACCUGGACUGUAAGCUCUCCCUUCCAGAGGCCCAGGUUUACUAUACCUUUGUGUGGUCGUACUUCCUGAAUGGAGCCAUCAACCCGUGUAUCUAUGCUUACCGUGACAGGAAGUUUCGGGAGGAACUGAAGUCACUGUACGGGCGUUGUCGAACACCGUACAGUGCGGACAAAUGAUGCAGUGUAACAUCGUCAUGUAAUACUGUUCACAAUCAUGUCAUUGUUUUUCAUGCUCAAAUGUUCAUUCUAGUGUGAGAAUAAGCUUCAUGUUUCUAAUGCAGUAAAGUGUGCGUUAUAAUGUUUUAUUUUUAUAAAUAGAACCAGCAAAGUGACGUAGGCCUGUUUUUUUCAUUGCUGACCACUCAGCCAUGGCUCUUUGAAAUAAACAAGAUUUGUCUGACUUUUGAGCGAAGACUACGCAAUCAGUGCAUAUUUCGCUUGAAACCAGCGUCAUUUUUACUUGUUUUGACGCAAGAAAUAAAUAGUAACGUCCUACUGAAAGUCCAAGGCUUUGUUAAAAUGGUUCUAUGUGAUGGAACAUUGGAGUACGGAAACUGUAGUUUGCCUUUCCACUGCCUUCUUUGCCUUAAUUGAUAGGAAAAUAGGUUUGAUUUAUAAAUUCCAUGUUAAUCUUACGCACAAAAAUAUACCCAAAUUGAACGUGUACAUAUGUAAACAAACGUGUACAUGUGAACAUCGUGUGGAUCCGCGGAAAUCUAUGUUAUCAUUUAAAGUUGAAAUCGUCAGAAACAAGAAUGAAGAACCAAAACUCCCCGUAUGAUAGAUUUUUUAAUAUAUAGUAAAAUGAUGGCCGCAUGCGUCAAUCACAACAGUUACUAGCUUUAAGUAAAUACAUGUACAUCACCAAUAUAAACUACAAUUUCUUAUAUUGAGUUCAUGCUGGUCGAUGCAUGCAGCCCAUGUUCCCUACAAAGACAAAGAAAAUGCCAAUGUUCAGAGGAAAAGGCUGGAAAUACCCGUGAUGUCAUAAAUAGUCUUGUAUUCAGAUAAUGAUUGGUUUCAUACUACUUAUUAAGUCUUAAAUUACAUACAAUCUUGUUCCUGAUGAUGUUAUUUUAUAUUUCGUUUAAAAUUUGGGCCAAAUAAUAAAACUAGACGCCAAAUGAAUUUUUUUUGGCGGAUUUAGGGUGGGUUUAUAAUAAAAUAAUACAGUUGUCAUAAACUGCAUGUCCUUAGUACUUACCAUAGGUAGAUUCGGUAAAUUCAAAUACAUGUACGUGUACUAUACAGUAUACUAGUAAGUAUUUGUAUGGAUUGUAAUUCUUCGUGUCAAACAAGAGAGUGGUUCAACGUGCAACUAGUGAUUUUGACUACUUUGUUUGUUUUCCAUUCGAGGAAACAUCGUCCAAACAUCCAUGUCUGUCUGUGAUAGCGCGUUGUGUUUGUAAAUUGUAACAACUUUGUGCACUAAUGAAAAUAAA